AUGCAGUGCCAAAAUAUUUGUCAACUGAGACAGCUCUGCCUUUCACCUCCCACCAUCUUGGUGAAGAAUUUUCCUGUGCAUGAAUGUGUGGAUCCCUGUGGCUCCGUCUGUAACAUCCAGUGCUUACCUCCAUCGGUGGAUCCCUGCUGCUAUACUGGGAUUGGUCGGGGCACCACCACUUACGUGAACCUGGGUAAUCUUGGUGUGACACAGGCUGCCAGGUGUGUGGAUCCGUGCUGCCUCGGAAUCGCCACGUGUGUUCCUCCGUGCUGUGAGGAGGUGGCCAAGUGCACCACCACAUGUUCAGACCCUUGCUGCUGCAAGGUGACCGAGUGCGACAGUAGAUGUGAAGAUUCAUGCUGUGAGAAAGUCACCAAGUGCAGCAGCACACGUGUGGAUCCGUGCUGCAAGGAAGUGACGAAGUGUGUGGAUCCGUGCUGCAAGGAAGAGACCAAGUGCACCAGGACGUGUGUGGAUCCGUGCUGCAAGGAAGUGACGAAGUGUGUGGAUCCGUGCUGCAAGGAAGUGAGCAAGUGCACCAGGACGUGUGUGGAUCCAUGUUGCAAGGAAGUGAGAAAGUGUACCACAAAGUGCGUAGAUCCAUGCUGCAAGGAAGAGACCAAGUGCACCACAAAGUGCGUAGAUCCGUGCUGCAAGGAAGAGACCAAGUGCACCACCAGAUGUGUAGAACCGUGCUGUAGUGAGGUGUCCAAGUGCACCGCGACAUGUGUGGAUCCGUGUUGCAAGGAAGUGACCAAGUGCACCACCACAUGUGUUGACCCAUGUUGUGGGGAAGUGACCAGAUGCACCACAAGGUGCAUAGAUCCGUGCUGUGGAGGUGUCACCAGAUGCACCACUAAGUGCGUGGAUCCCUGUUGCGGCAGAGUGACCAGGUGCACCACGAGGUGUGUAGAUCCCUGCUGUAGAGAGGUAAUCAGGUGUGUGGCUCCAUGCUGUGGAGGAGUGAUAAAGUGUGCUACCAGGUGUGUGGAACCGUGUUGUGGAUGUGCGAUCAGAUGCGCUACUAAGUGUGUGGAGCCAUGCUGUGGGCAGGUGGCCAAGUGCACCACCAGAUGUGUGGAUCCCUGCUGCCAGGAGGUGACCAAAUGCACCACCAGAUGUGUGGAUCCUUGUUGCCAGGAGGUGACCAAGUGCACCACCAGAUGCGUGGAUCCUUGUUGCCAGGAGGUGACCAAAUGCACCACCAGAUGCGUGGAUCCUUGUUGCCAGGAGGUGACCAAGUGCACCACAACAUGCAUGGAUCCUUGUUGCCAGGAGGUGACAAAAUGCACCACCACAUGCGCGGAUCCCUGCUGCCAGGAGGUGACCAAAUGCACCACCAGAUGCGUGGAUCCUUGUUGUCAGGAGGUGACCAAGUGCACCACAACAUGCGUGGAUCCUUGUUGUCAGGAGGUGACCAAGUGCACCACAACGUGCGUGGAUCCUUGUUGCCAGGAGGUGACAAAAUGCACGACCACAUGCGCGGAUCCCUGCUGCCAGGAGGUGACCAAAUGCACCACCAGAUGCGUCGAUCCUUGUUGCCAAGAGGUGACCAAGUGCACCACCACGUGCGUGGACCCCUGCUGCCAGGAGGUGACCAAAUGCACCACCAGAUGCGUGGACCCCUGCUGCCAGGAGGUGACCAAGUGCACCAUGACGUGCGUGGAGCCCUGCCGUGGGGGCGUUCAGGUUGUGACGAGGUGCGUGGAUUCCUGUCCCACGGCCUGCGUUACACAAACCAUCCCGCUGUGCACGGGUGUGUGCCCAUGUGGCCAGCGCUGCUCCAUCAGAUGUGCCGAUGUCUGCUAUCGCAAAUGCAAGGCUCCUUGA